GUGGUUGGUUGGUUGGUUGCCUGGUUUGUCUGUCUACUCUCCGUCCCUCUUCGUCUCGUUUCGUUCAGUUCGCUUUGGAGGAUCUCGCGAAGAGGCAGUGGAAUAAAACGGGGAGUGAAGGAAAAACUGUAACGUCUUACUCAAGAUAAGAACCUAUGGAGACUCUCAACGCCCUUCAGUGAUCCAAGCCAGUGGACCCAAGGAUCUUAAGAAUCGUGAAAUCUUGGAGGAAUGGCAAUGUCGACCGAGACAACCUCCACUUCGUCUACGGGGCCUCUGCCCAGAUCUGCCUCGUCCUAUAGCUUCAUUCGACAAGAGCAAAAAUCCCAACGUCAUGGGGUGUGGUCAGAAUUGGCCAGAUUAGUGCAGAACGCUUGGCCAGGCUACGGUUCCAUUGGGAUAUUCCUGGUCGUUGGAUACUGCACUUGCCAUGAGACUGGACCAAGUGUUCUGGUGUCCAUCCUAAUCGGGGGCAUUUCUUGUAUCAUUUCGGGAUGCUGCCUCACUGAAUUGGUAACCAGGCCCUGUGCAAAAACCGACAGAAUUACCAAUGUUUUCCAAGUCCUCGGCAAGAUUCCCUAUUUCAUUCUCAUGUGGUUGGACAUUCAAAUUCACAUCGGACUCUUGGCCAUAUGCAGUCGUAGUCUCACUGCCACAGUGGAUAAGACGACGGAUCACCAAAUGCAUGACUUCGUGCUCCAAAACUUCGGCUUGACCCCGUUUCUGGGUACUUUUCCAGACUUUGUCGCGGGGGGCGUUGUUAUGAUCCCAGCCCUGUUUGUAGCGUGUGGAUUUGAGCAUUCAAAAACCCUUAAUGGAGUGAUCAAUAUCAUUACUGGUCUGGGAUUCGCUCUGGUCACAUCAAUUGGGUUCUACUCUGCGGAUGCCAAAAUCUUUGGUAGUCAGCCAAUUCUGCUCCAUGGAUCCAAAGGGGUUCUUUCAUCCAUUGGCUUGAUCUCAAUCCUUUUGAGCGGGUCAGGAAGCACCCUGUGUUUGUCACAUCUGUCCCGCUUAACCAAAACUGAAGGUCAAGAGCGACCAAGUUUGGAUGAAUCCUUUAUGCUUCGAGCCACGUCCAUCCCGUCACAUCUGCUCAUUAUGUUGGCCAAUGGAUUCUCACAAAUCGGUUUGAUUCUGGGUUUUCUGGCCAUUGGACUGGUCUUGCCUUUCGUGGCCAACAUGAGUCCAUUGGGUUUGUUGCCUGAGGUUCCAAUCUUGCAAGCAUUCGAAAGUGAUAUUGGGCACGGAUGGAUGCACCUCUUAAUGGCCACCCUGAUCAUUAUUGCCUUGAGUCUCAACCUGCUUCAGCUGACAAUUCCACUACAUGAACAAGUUCAAUGUCUUGUAAAGGAAGGUCUCCUCUUUCCGUGGCUCUCCAGAUCUAUUCCUCAUCAUGUGGUGGGAGAAGCUCCGUUUCUUGGAUCAGUUGUGGUCGGAUGCGUUACAGCUUUAGUGACGACUUUGGGUGACAUCAAUCACUUGCUUCUCUCCACGGCCUUGGCCAGGAUCCUGCUUGACUUGUUCAUUUGCAUUUACACCAUCUUGGCUCGUUAUGGGCUCAUCGUUCAGUAUUUGGAUCAAUCUUUCUCCAUCACGACCACCCAAAGGAGAGAUAGACAUCGCAGUGGCUCACGUAACACUGGAACAAGUGCGAGCUCAGCCAGAAACAUCAGGAGACAACUCAAGCGGCAACGCAAGGAGCACAACCUAGAGGAAACACAUGAGAGGACCAUGUGUAUCUCUGUACCACUGACCGAGUUGGCCGCUGCCCGUGAGCCCUCUGGUUCACCUUGUCCUGCCCCAGGCUCCGCGGCCCUGUCAUCUUCAUCAUCAAUGGCGAUGAUCUUGUCACGCGAUGAUGCCCUCCCUGAGAUUGGAUUCACGUCCAGUUAUGAGGCCCAACAUGCACCCCACAAUAACCCAAACGACAACAUGGAGAACUGGCCUGUUCCACAAGACAACAUCGGCCCACCCAGCCAUAGAUUAAGGGUCUAUUUUGAGAAGUUGAUGGCUGUGGCCUGGAGGCGAGGUCCUCCACCGAUGUCAUGUUCGAGGGCCCAGUUUUCGGGCAUUGAGGCUCAAUCAAGUUUGGGGCCCAACUUUCCGCCUGCCAAUCCCUCGAACCCAAGAGGGUCCUUGGAACUGGGCGAAAAGAGGACUUGUCAGAAAUGGUCAAGCACACUUGUCGCUCGACUGUUUGGUCCCAAGAAACGACGACGACGAGCCCGGACACGUCGAGGCGAGAAUUUUGAUUCGAGUGAAAGCUCCACGUCCUUGGAGACCACUGACACCUCGGAAAGUUCCAAUCGCAGCGAUUAUGGGACAGACUCCCAAACAACCGAUGAGUCGGAUAGCUCUUGUGAUAGCAGUUCUUCCUCAUCUUCGGACACGGAUAUCGAUGCGGUGGUCGAGAGUUAUUCGCAUACACAGCAACCACCUUUCAGGAGCAAUGACCUCGAAGACCAACUAAACUACCAAGACAUUGCCACCAUUUCUAUGAGGCCAAGUUUCCACUCCUACGACGGCAUUCUCAAACGCAAUAAACGAAACCCUAGCCUCACAACCUUCUAUCGCAUGUUCAUCGCUUUAGUCUUGGUUCUGAUCUGUCUUUUGCUUCAAAUUCUGGUCUUCAAUACCCUGUCAGUGGCGGCUUAUCCCAAUGUGAUAAUCUUCAACCUAAUCUUGUCGAUGCUAGUGCUUCCCAUGUUCGUGUUCAUCUCAAGACAGCCUCAAGAUUGGAGUCCCGAUCUCAAUGGUGAAGCCACACAAUUUCGGGUCCCAUUUAGCCCGUGGUUGCCUUUCCUGUCCAUCUUUAUUAAUUUGAAUAUCGCGGCCACAUUGAUCCCUCGAGCUUGGGGAGACUUUCUCGUUUGGGGGGUUGUAGGUGCUUUGCUUUAUGGUGUUUGCUAUCAUCAAAAUCCGGCCAAUGAGCGACGAAAGAUGCGGAAACGGAAAAUGGGCACCCUCUUGGAAGCCAUUGUACAUCGUCCACAAGCUAAUACACAGAUAUACGAUCUGCCCAGGUUACGUGGAUUUCAAAAUCUUGGAUAAUCCGGUUUGGAGUGCUCAAGAUUAAAAAUGUAUCUUAACGAUUUUUGCGCGCCAGGAAUAGGGCGUGUCAAGUGAAGGAAAUAAAAGGAAAAAUGUGGUCCGUC